AUGUCUCCGAAGUGUCCAGUGCCUCCCCUUCAAGACAUAACACUGUCUCUAGUUGGUAGACAAUUGAUACAUGCUCUGUCUCGCGUUACUUCUGAUGAAGAUGUCGCUCUGCCGUUCGCAAUGGUGUCCUCUUACUACGAAAUCAUGGGAGCUACAAACGACAUAUUUCAAGAUCUUUUAAAUCUGUUAUUGAGCUCGGAAUAUCUCGAACCGUCUAUAAGAUAUUUAUCAAUGAAGCUUUUGUUGAAGGAGAACGUCAAGAGUUUAGCGACAGGAAUAUUCCCUUGCCCCUAUUACAGGAAAGUUCUUGAACUAAUUACAGAACAGGGGCGACACUUGACGGCGCUCAAUUUGAAAGGAGUGUGGGUUAAAGAUGAACAUUUGCCGCUUUUCUAUCAGCUAAUAAAGAAUCUCACAAAUUUAACCUCUCUUAAUAUUCCAUAUAUGGCUAACGAUGAAGUGCUCAAGUAUAUAGGUGAACAUAACAAAGUGCUUAAAUUGCUCGAUGUGUCGGGUGAGACGGAUAUAACUGAGAUCGGGAUCGACGCUAUGCUGACUGGAAAUCCUCAGCUCACCCAAAGUCUGACUGUAGUUAACAUAGGAAUGUACGGCGAAGAGAACAUUGACCAUACUGAUGUUGCAUUAUUAAUAAGGCGAUUGCCUAACUUAACAAAUCUUGGUAGUUAUUCAUUCGUCGGGAAAUCAAUUUAUUAUAUAUACAACAACGAUUGUCCCCCAGGUUUCAAAACUAAACUACAAUACAUGCACGACGCGCGAACUAAUUUGAGAACGAUGAAAGCGAUAGUUGCUUUAUGUCCGAUGUUAGAGACAAUUUAUUUAGAGGAGCCUGAUCAAGGGGUACUUCAAUUGAUAAAGGACUUAAGUUACAUAAAUAAAAUUAAAUUAAACAAGUUCCAGUGUCACGAGCUACAUCAGUUGUUGGAUAAAAUAGGUUACAAAAUAAUAACACUUAUGUUGUCUGCGUCAUUAGGUUCAUUUAACUUUACUAGGAUAGCGGAGACUUGUGCCAACUUGGAAAGUUUAGAGUUCUAUCAGAUACAGACGGCAACGCACGAGGAAGAAGUUCCGUUUAAUAAAUUGGAGCAUAUUGAAAUAAUACACGGUAAUCUUUCGACGUCUUGCUUAAAGUAUUUGAUGACAGCGAGCCCUAAGUUAAAGAAGCUGAUCAUUGGAGAUGAAAUUCUUCUAGAUGAUAAUGACUUGUCACGAAUGCUACGUCGAUACAGAUUUGAACAUUUAGAAGCAAUAUGGUUUCCCAACGCACCGCGACUAACGUGUGACGCAGUGGAGAUGCUGAUCGAAUGCUGUCCUAAACUUCGAAGUCUGGGCGAACUGAGUGGAUGGAGAUUUACGCCUGACGAAAUGAUGCUUAUGAGAGCAAUCUACGUGAGCACGAACACAGACAUCGUGCUCUCCCCGCUUGGUAUAUUCCAACAGGGCAGUUAG